GUGGUGAAUAGCCAGAAGUGAGCUGGGUUUCUUCUUACCAUUAAUGCCUGAAACAAAGCUCAUAUUAAAACCCUACAUAGACUAAGAUCGAUUAAUCGAAGGAGAAACAAGAAUUAACAAUCAAGAUGAAUCCAGGGAAUCACUGGGGAGGUUCAUUAGACAUAGUGCAAGGAGACACGUCGACGGAGGGUGAUAGAAGUCGCAAGAUGGAGUGGGAUCGAGGAGCUCUACAAUCACAGAGGCAGUACGUGCACGAACUUGACGAGACGCAACAGAGUUGGCUGCUUGGACCCAAAGAAAACAAGAGGAAAAACAAAAAGUAUAUGGAUUUAGGGUGUAUUCUCGUUAGUCAUCGUGUUCUUAAAUGGAGUCUUCUCUCGAUCCUUAUAGGGUUUCUGGUUAUUGCUCUUCCCACUGUCAUCGUCAAGUCAGUGCCCAAACAUAAGCCUUCUCCUCCUCCUCCUGAUAAUUACACUCUUGCACUCCACAAGGCUCUCCUCUUUUUCAAUGCCCAGAAAUCUGGAAAGUUGCCUAAGAAUAAUGGCAUACCAUGGAGAGGGAAUUCAGGGCUGAAGGAUGGAAAUGAGUUGCCGGACGUUAAAGGAGGGUUGGUCGGAGGCUAUUACGACGCAGGAGACAACAUCAAGUUCCAUUUUCCCAUGGCAUUCUCCAUGACAAUGCUAAGCUGGAGUGUUAUUGAAUACAGUCACAAAUAUAUAGCUAUUGAUGAGUAUGAUCAUGUGAGGGAGCUCAUCAAAUGGGGUACUGAUUACUUGCUAUUGACUUUCAACAGCACUGCCACCAAAAUUGACAAAGUUUAUUCUCAGGUUGGUGGGAGUUUAAAUGGCUCAACUACACCAGAUGAUCAUUAUUGUUGGCAAAGACCAGAAGACAUGACUUACAAACGAGAUGUUCAGACUGCAACUUCAGCGCCUGAUCUUGCAGGAGAAAUGGCAGCAGCCUUAGCAGCAGCCUCUAUUGUGUUUCGGGACAACAAUGCUUAUUCUAAAAAGUUAGUUAGAGGUGCUGAAACACUAUAUGCCUUUGCUAGGGAGACAGGAAGACGUCGAGCAUACUGUCGUGGCAACCCUUACAUUGAACCUUAUUAUAACUCAACUAGUAUCUAUGAUGAGUACAUGUGGGGUGCUACCUGGUUAUAUUAUGCCACAGGGAAUAUCUCCUACAUUUUGUUGGCUACUAAUCCUGGAAUGCCUAAAAAUGCCAAAGCAUUCUUCAAUGUUCCUGAUCUAAGGGUGCCCAGCUGGGAUAACAAGUUACCUGCUGCCAUGUUGUUAUUGACCAGGUAUAGGAUAUUCUUGAAUCCGGGUUACCCUUAUGAGGACAUGUUACGCAUGUAUCAUAAUACAACCGGUCUCAAUAUGUGUUCUUAUCUUCAGGAAUUUCAAGUCUUCAAUUGGACUAAAGGAGGAUUAAUCCAAUUGAACCAUGGAAGACCCCAACCUCUUCAGUAUGCUGCUCAUGCUUCUUUCUUGGCAUCUCUAUUUGUUGACUAUUUGAAUGCUACAGGUGUCCCAGGAUGGGAUUGUGGUGAUAAAUUUUUUCCUUUAGAUGUUCUUCGGAGAUUUGCAACCUCACAGAUUGCCUAUAUUCUAGGUAAAAACCCAUUGAAAAUGAGCUAUCUUGUUGGUUACGGAAGCAAGUUUCCCAGACAUGUGCACCAUCGUGGUGCAUCCAUACCUCAUGACAAGAAAAGAUACUCGUGCACCGGAGGAUGGAGAUGGCGUGACACCCGUAAUCCUAACCCUAAUAAUAUAAUAGGAGCCAUGGUUGGAGGGCCCGAUCGGUUCGAUCACUUCCAUGAUGUUCGUGGCAAUUAUAGCUACACCGAGCCAACUUUAGUCGGAAAUGCAGGACUUGUUGCUGCACUUGUGUCCCUCACAAGCAGUGGUCCCUCUGGGAUUGACAAAAAUUCUAUCUUUUCUGCAGUCCCUCCACUUUACCCUAGAACUCCACCACCGCCAGCACCUUGGAAGCCGUAAUUUGUUGCUCUAA